CGAAACGUCACCAAACACCGAAAGAGCUGAAAUGUGGCUAUAAUUUUACUAGUUGAAAAUUGAAAUAUUUGUGUAAAUAUUUUAACAGUAAUUUGGUGUAUUAUAAAGAUUUAAUUUUCUAAUAUUUUAAUGAGAUUUCAGCAAUCUUUGGGGUAUUUUCCCCAAUCUAAUUUCAAUAGAUAUUUUGUUCAAUCAGUAUUUUUGUGUACUAAUUGAGAGUUUCCUAACGAAUCAGUAUGAAUUGGACACGUCAAAUUUUGUGCUUCCUAGUUUUAAGUUUUAUACACGUCAUAUAUGCCGAUGAACACAAUCAUAUCUAUAAUGAUAAUGAAGAAGUUGUUCUAUGGAUGAGUACUAUCGGACCAUAUCAUAAUAGGCAAGAAACUUAUGCUUAUGACUCCUUACCAUUUUGUUCUGGACCUAAAGAAAUGAUUGGCCAUUACCAUGAAACUCUAUCUGAAGCCUUACAAGGCAUUGAACUUAAAUUUAGUGGCUUAGAAAUAGAUUUCAAAGUUCCAGUCUCUAAAACUGUCUUUUGUGGAAUAGACUUAACUGAAGAUAGAGUUAAAGCAUUUGUAUAUGCAAUCAAGAACCAAUAUUGGUACCAAAUGUAUAUAGAUAAUCUUCCUAUGUGGGGAAUUGUUGGGCAACUUGAAAAAUCUGAUGAUGGAAUAUCUUAUUACAUUUAUACACAUAAAAAAUUUGAUAUUGGAUACAAUGGAAGACAAAUAGUUGAUGUUAAUUUAACAAGUGACAUAACUAGAGUUAAACUAAUACCUAAUGCUCAUAUCACAUUCAGUUAUGAAGUCAACUGGAUUAAAAGCAAUGUCAAAUUUGAAGAUAGAUUCGAUAAGUAUUUAGAUCCUAAUUUCUUCCAGCAUAGAAUUCAUUGGUUUAGCAUCUUCAAUAGUUUUAUGAUGGUUAUUUUUCUUGUUGGACUUGUAUCAAUGAUAUUAAUGCGCACUUUACGAAAAGAUUAUGCUCGAUAUAGUAAAGAUGAAGAAAUGGAUGAUAUAGAAAGAGAUUUAGGUGAUGAAUAUGGUUGGAAACAAGUUCAUGGAGAUGUUUUUAGACCUGCUAGUCACCCAAUACUUUUUUCAGCUUUAAUUGGUGCUGGCUAUCAGGUGACUGUUGUUGUACUUAGUGUCAUAAUAUUUGCUAUACUUGGUGAGCUUUAUACUGAACGAGGAUCAAUGUUAUCAACGGCAAUUUUUAUGUAUGCUGCAACAUCUCCAGUAAAUGGAUAUGCUGGAGGUGGACUUUAUGCACGAAUGGGUGGACGUUUGUGGAUAAAACAGAUGCUUUUGAGUGCAUUCAUGUUACCACUUCUUGUAUGUGGCACUGCAUUUUUUAUCAAUUUCAUUGCAAUGUACUAUCAUGCAAGUCGUGCUAUUCCUUUUGGAUCUAUGGUUGCAGUUACUUGUAUUUGUGUGUUCGUGAUUCUUCCGCUUACAUUAGUGGGUACUAUUUUAGGUCGAAAUCUAGCCGGUACACCUGAUGCACCUUGCAGGGUAAAUGCUGUUCCUAGACCAAUACCAGAGAAAAAAUGGUUUAUGGAACCACUAGUGAUUAUACUUCUCGGUGGCAUUCUUCCUUUUGGCUCCAUCUUCAUUGAAAUGUACUUUAUUUUUACUUCAUUUUGGGCAUAUAAAAUUUAUUACGUUUAUGGAUUCAUGCUCCUAGUGUUUGUAAUUCUUAUGAUAGUAACUAUUUGUGUUACAAUUGUUUGCACUUACUUUUUACUCAACGCUGAAGAUUACCGAUGGCAAUGGACAAGUUUCUUAGCUGCAGCAUCUACUGCUGGAUAUGUCUACAUUUAUUCAUUCUACUAUUUUUUCUUCAAAACAAAAAUGUACGGUCUCUUCCAAACUGCUUUUUACUUCAGUUACAUGGCGCUAUUUAGCUUAGCUCUUGGUAUUAUGUGCGGUACAGUAGGAUAUUUUGGUACCAAUGCAUUCGUCCGAAAAAUAUAUUCUACUGUUAAGAUAGAUUAAGCUAAAUGUCAUUGGUAUUUGUUGGAAAAUAAUGUAUAUUAAUUAUGACUCAUAUUAAAAUCAAUUGAGUGUCAAACUGUCCCACAUCAGAUAGUUCUUAUUGGCACUAUAAUCCAAAUGAAUUCUUAUGAGCCAGUAUUUUCCACUUACUAUCAUUGAAAGCAUCUCCCAUAAGUGAUCAUGUUAAUUAAUAUGUGGAAGAAAAGACGAAUUUGGAACAAAUAAAUAAAUUUAAUCGCUGUAAAAAUCAUUAUUUUUCAAAUUCUCUUUUUUGAAUUAAAUAAACACGAAAGAAUGAAUGACAUUGUUAAUAUUAAAUAUGGUAUCAUUACAAGUCAACUGUAGACAAAAAGUGUGUAAGUGAAUUGUUGAUCUAAGACAAUUUUGUUUAUCACAGAAAACUACUAAAGUAGCGUAUAACAGCUUAAACACCAUUCUUGAAUGUGGAUAUAUUUCUAUAAAAAUGCACAAAAUUUAUUAUAUUUAAAUCAACGAUAUUUUUCAUUAUAAUUAUUAAAAUAAUGACAAAUACGAUAAUUUGUCGAUAAAGAAAUACCAGACAUUUAUGAUGUUUUCAUUGCGUACAUAUAUAUGUAAUUAAAGAUUGUACGACUGUUAUUGACAAAAUAGUUAUUUCAUAAUAUUGUCAAUGUCAGUCUUCAUUUUUUCAAACAUAUUUAUAAGAUUAUUGAUUAAUUUUACCAAUAAUUAUAUUAGAUUAAAAAAAUUAAUGAUUGAAUGUGGAGGUACAAUAGACCCAUAGAUUUGUACAAAGUUUUUAUUGAAAAAUUAUUUUAUCUCCUGAAAAGAUUGUGUAUUCUAUAACACUUUAUCCUUUAAAAAAUUGUUAUUUAUAUAUUAUUAUUUAUUUUGUGAAAACAAAUACAAUUUUCCAUUAAAAUAAAAUGAUUUUCACCUUAGCCGUAGGUGAGAAUAACAUAUGUGAUUCGAGAUAGCCUAACAUCUUUCCAUUCUUUCAUAGGUUUAUGUACUAUUUUUUAUCAUACUUGUGUAGGAAGUUCGAUAAUUUCUAUUAAAAAAACCUUAAUACACCGAA